AUGCAAUCUCCAACUUCCCCUGUUUCUUAUACAGAAACAUCUGUAUCAUCCUUUUCAAAGGAACCAACCAAAACAACUACAUCAAGUCACCCAUUACCACAUGCCAACUUAUUGACUCCCCCAACCUUAACUCCCCCAACUAUUACAUCCGAUUUGCCAACAUCUACUUUAUCACCAAAUCACCACAACUACUAUACUCAUUAUUUAAAUAAAGCACAAUUCAAUUCUAUUCUAGUCAACUGUUCCAUUAAUUUAUUAAAAAUUUUGUACAAAGACCAGAAAUUUGAUGAAAAAUCAAUCAAAUUAUUCAUUAUCGAAAUACUUAGAAGAUCAAAAACUUCGAUUCAAUCACUUCAAUUAAGUUGCUUUUACAUUUAUAAAUUAAUUGUUGUCAAAGAAAAAAUCACUUUUGAUGCCAAAAAAUUGUUUCUUGGAUUGAUUAUAAUUAGUUCUAAAUUCAAUCAAGAUUAUAAUUAUUCGUUCAAGUCUUGGUGUAAAAUCUGUGGAUUAAAUGAAAAGUCAAAUGUCAAACAAUUGAUUCAUAUUGAAUCAACAAUUCUUCAAUGGUUGAAAUUUGAUUUAUGUUUAAUUGGAUCAAAAUAUGAAAACUGGUGUAAUUUACUAUUGAUUUUUGGUUACGAUUUUAUUAAAUAUCAAUUAAUCUUUGAUAAUAGAACUGAAAUAGUUUGGAAUCAAGAAAUUAAGGAUAAAAUUAACAGUUGGCAAGGUUUUUUCAAUCAAUUGAAUUUAGAUAAUUUGAAUAUCAUUAAUGUUAAUUUUAAUAAUUAUUUUAAUAACCAAUUGAACAAGAAAGUUUUCGUUGUCAAAGACGAGCAACCAACUAUCUUGUUGAAAAAGAGAAGUUCUACAAGUUUAUUUGAUGGCGACCAACCGGUUUCCAAAAAAGUAAAGGUCUAG